AUGUCCUGUGGUGGUGGAGAAACUGCUGUGUACCCAGUGUGUAACCACCAUGGGGAGGAUCAAGGCUCCACUCUCCAGCUGAGCACUCUGAGUGGAAAUAGCAAAUCUGCAGCAUUGUUAGAAGUCAGGGAGAACCUCAUCACCAUGCAGUAUUCUCCUGUGGCACUGAAUCCAGACCCCCCCAUGGAUAAAGGAUCCAGGAUUCCCCAGAGCUCUGGGGAAGGCACAAAGCCUGCAGCCUGCUUGGACAGUGGAGCUGGCAGGGCCCAAACCACAAAGUGCUUCCAGAGCCAGUAUCUGACCAAAACCAGCACACAGGGACAGGUCUGCAACUUCCUGGAGAGGCCCAGUGGGUGGAAGUGUUUUAUCUAUCAUUUUGCUGUAUUUCUCCUGGUGCUGACUUGUUUAAUAUUCAGUGUACUGUCUAGUAUAGAGCACUAUUCUGAGUUUGCCAUUGGAACUCUUUUCUGGAUGGGAAUAGUUCUGGUGGUGUUUUUUGGUGCUGAGUAUCUGGUCCGGCUGUGGUCUGCAGGCUGCAAGAGUAAAUAUGUUGGCUUCCAGGGAAGGAUCUGGUUUGCCAGGAAGCCAAUAUCCAUCAUUGAUCUGAUUGUGGUAGUAGCCUCAAUUAUUGUUCUGAGCAUAGGAUCUAAUGGACAGGUGUUUGCCACCUCUCCAAUCAGGGGGAUCCAUUUCCUCCAGAUCCUUCGGAUGCUUCAUGUUGACUGCCAGGGAGGCACCUGGAGACUCCUGGGGUCAGUGGUUUUCAUCCAUCGACAGGAACUCAUAACCACAUUGUACAUUGGAUUCUUGGGAUUAAUUUUUUCAUCCUACUUUGUUUAUCUUGCUGAGAAGGAAGCAGUUGAUGAAGAUGGAAAGACAAGUUUCUCCAGCUAUGCUGAUGCCCUUUGGUGGGGUGUGGUAACAGUCACAACAACUGGCUAUGGAGACAAAGUUCCCCAGACAUGGAUUGGCAAGACAAUAGCUUCCUCCUUCUUUGCCCUGCCAGCUGGCAUUCUGGGGUCUGGUUUUGCCCUGAAAGUACAGCAGAAACAACGUCAGAAGCAUUUCAAUAGACAAAUCCCAGCUGCAGCUUUCCUAAUUCAGACCCUGUGGCGUUGCUAUGCAGCAGAGAAAUCCUGCACCUCCACAGCCACCCUGAAGAUCUAUGUGACAGCUCUGUCACGAUCCGCAAGGUGGGAUUCGUGAUCUCCCGUGCAAAAUCCCAAAAACUCUCCAGCAUCUAGUCCUGGUCUGAGAAAACAGGCCAGAUGAUACAGAAGAAAAGGAAAGCUGGGCUGUGGGAAUGGUUCUGCACCUGUAAUAAACCCAGGAGAAAAUUCCUUGUCUGUUCCCCAGAUCACUUAUGAUUGCACUGAUGAACAAGCUUUCUACAUAGAUGAACCCAAAUUGGGGAGACACUUGGAAGGGCACACCCCAGACAUGUCACAACAUGCCAACAGCUUUACUGAUGACAUCGACCUGGUACCCGAGGAGUCCCCGCUGCCAGUGGCAUCCGAUGUGGCACACAGGGGACUAACACAACUGACUGAAGCACACAGAACAGCUGUGAAAAUCAUCAGGAGAAUGCAGUAUUUUGUGGCCGGAACGAAAUUUCAGCAAGCUCGGAAGCCAUACGAGGUCCGUGACGUGAUUGAGCAGUACACCCAAGGACACCUCAACAUGAUGGUUUGCAUAAAAGAACUUCAAAGAAGUUGGACCAACUUGGGAAAGCCAACUCUUUUCCUCCCAGAAAAAGGGAUAGACAAAGGAUACUAUAGUAUAGGAGCCAGACAGAUCCGGCUGGAGGAUAAGGUCAUGCAGAUGGACCAGAAGUUGGAUGACAUCCUGAGCAUGCUCCAGGCUCAGCUAGGAGAUCAGCCCCAGGCAUGGAUGCCAGGGCCAGCCACCCCACCUGUCAGACAUCCACAGACAAUUGCAGAGUCCACCCCAGUGAACCAGAAAAUGUGA